GAUCACGUCAGGUUUGAAAGAAAUAAUUGCGUGGUCGCAUUUGUGGAAGAAAGCAAAUCCAGAUGGCCAGAGAGUGAAGACUUAACUUCUCUAUCUAAUGAUCAUCGUGUUAUAUAGCGCAGGCUAGGCUAGACGCUUGCUAAUGCAAGAUCAGGUGAAAUGGAGAGCGACGAGUCAGUCGUGGAAGAACGAAUAGCCGCUUGCCGAGAAGCGGCGGAAACUAGGCACGUUGCACUACCAUUGGACCUGAAGAGAUGUGCGUUGGGCGAUGUGCCAGCGCUCCUGCUGGACCUGGACCAUGUUACAUGCCUUUACCUGGAAGGUAACCAGCUCACCGCGCUGCCCGAAGACUUCUUUGUCCGACUGCCAGCACUUAGCUGGCUGGAUGUGCGCAAUAACUACCUGGAGACGUUACCAUGUCUCCUCCAGGGCUAUCAGCGCAGUGCACUGCGUCACUUGCUCUUGGAAGGCAAUCAGCUAUCACACCUGCCUAAUGAGCUAGGCGAAGCAAGCCGCCUGCAAGGACUAAGCCUUUCACGGAAUCCUCUCGAAUACCCUCCAUCGACUGUUAUUUCACGUGGCACAGCAUUCAUCAUCCGAUUCCUGUACAACGCACUACACAAUAUCAGUGAUGAGCUGCCAUCGUCAGAAGAUCUGUCAUCUCAGCGUACCAGAGGUAAAGACAAUGGAGCGGCUGGUAAGCAUUCACGCAACACUCGCCCCUCCAUGCUACCCGUAAUGCCGCGCAACCCCAGCCUGACUGGCCCACAGCUGAGCAACCGGCAUGCAGGGGUAGGACCAUCCGGCAUGUCUGGAUCGUCUGGACAGGUGGUGACUGCACAGCAACUGCAGAACCUCUAUGAGCAGCAACAACAGAAGCACUUCCAGCGUGGUGUGCCACCGGAUUCGCAGCGGGGCGUAGUGCUUCCGUCCGUUCCCGGACACGGUCUUCAGCAGAGAAUCGAGGAACACAAGCAAGGUGUGAUGAACUUGGCAGCAGCACAGACCCUGGCUAACAUGAAGGGUGACCCUCACCCGUACCGCCGACCCAACCCAGCCAUCGCCCGCCCGCCAAGGUCACUCCUACAGCAGACCGAGGAUCUAAAGCGAAAGCAGAAGCAGCGCGAAGAGAAGCUGCAAAAGCACAAAGACAAGGAACUACUGGCAGAUUGGAGGUUCAAGAGAAAACAAGAACAAAGGCGGCUACAGCAGCAGAGACAAUUCCGCUCCGGUCCGAAGCAGGCUGUGGCUGCCGAGGUUCCUCUGAAGCCAGCACCGUAUGGAACGGAGGCUGAUGUUCCCAAGCCCACAGAGGCGGAUAGAGAGCUAAUGUCCUCCGUCAAGGGUCUAUCACUUGAGGAGAAGACAUUACACCAAGAGGAGAGGGAAAAACAACUGCACGAACGUAUCCAGCGGCAUGUGGAUAAGAUGAAGCAGCGCCAGGAGCAGCACCUGAGUCCCAGGGCAAAGCUGGAGGCAGCUCGUAAAGAUCUAGAAGAGGCAAUGGAAAAUCGGCAGCAGUUACUCGGCAGUGAAGAGCCGGAGUAUCGUCUUUCGGCGUUCAUUGCAACGGUGGGAACAAAGGACAACCCAGCACGAGACUGAAUACAAGUCCACACUGAUGUACAAUGAGGCCAGGGAGUAGUACAUAUUUUACUACUCCCUGGUUUUGGCUAAUAGCACACUGCCCCAUCCACACUGUGUAUUUUUGUAACUUUCCUGUUGAGUUGAUAAGAAAGUAAUGCUCUAAUGCUCCAGUACUGGUAUGGUUCUUACAUUAGGGAGGUUUCGCUCUACGGAAAUACGUAUGAAAAUAAUGUAUGAACUGCACGGAAUUUUCAUACGUGAAAAUCAGAGCUGUUGGGUUUCGCUCUACGUGAUUUCUCCACGACUGCUCAACAUGCGUUGUUGCUUUGGAGACGCGUUGGCUGCAUGCGCCCACCGUAUGCACCAUGAACCGAAACCGCGUUUUCCAUGAUAUUUUGCACGUGGUGUACGGUGUGUGUACCUUGUGUUUCGCGCGGCUUGAAUGUUGCCAUGGACAAAUGCGAAAAUAUAUUUCAAAAAGUCCUACGGAGGACCCAACGUAGGAAAGAGCUUUCCUACGGAAAUCCGUAGAGAGAUUUACGUAUGAAAGUUGCCCUCGCUCCCCGGCGCGUACGACAUACGGAUUUUCAUACGUAAUUACGUAGAGCGAAACCUCCCUAUUGUGCGUGUACCACGCAUGUUACACAAUUCUAAGCAGUUAUAUUAUUACUGUUCAUGUUGUACCAGUGACUACAGUAUCAUUACAAGGUGCAAUACUAUUCAUGAUACCAAUAUCAUCAGUGUACCAGGCACUACUUCUCACGCACUGUAUCCAGGUAUCUGUUCUUGACAUGCUGACCUUGGAUUGAUCAUGUUCAAAACAUGCA